AUGAAAUUCGUAUUUUAUUUGUGUUUAAUUUUAGUAGUAUGCAAAGGAGGUAAAGUUAAUAAGAAAGCAAAUGUUUUAAUUGAUGAUAUAGUUAAGAGCAUGAGUUUAGCAGAAAAAAUAGGCUAAACAACUCAAGUUGAUUUUAUAUAUUUGAAUGAUGCUUAAGGAAAAACUUAAUAUGAAAAGAUCAAGGAAUGGAAUCUUGGAUCUUUGUUAGUGGGAGGAAAUGGAUGUCCUGAUAAUGAUGGUAAUAUUUCUUCAUCAGGAACUUGUAUGAAUGCCAACAAUUAAUUAUGGAAAAAAGUUGCAGACCUAGCAUUAGCUUAAGGAAUUUCUGUUUAAGUAGAUAUAAGUGAAGAAGAAUAAGAAACAGUGAUCAUAAAACCAUUACUUGGUACAGAUGCUAUACGUGGUAAUCAACAUUCUGUUGGAGAAAUACUAUUUCCACAUAAUAUUGGUUUGGCAGCAUCAAACAAUGUUGAAAACUUUAGAAAUUCAGCAAAAUGGAUGAGAGAUAGUGUGAUUGAGACUGGAUUUAAUUUUGUAUUUACACCAACAGUUGCUGUAUCACAUAAUCCAUAAUGGGGUAGAUUCUAUGAAACUUUGGGAGAAAAUACAGAAAAAGUAUAAUAAUAUUCCAAAGCAUUCAUUGAAGAAGCCUAAAAUAUUCAAAAUGACAAAAUACUAGGAGUUCUAACUUCAGUAAAACAUUUUAUAGGGGAUGGAGCUACUAUAAAUGGAUAUGAAGAAGGAGAUUCUAUUGUAGAUGAACAAUUUAUGGAUGUCUUUAUCGAAGAUAAUAUAAAAGGAUAUAAAGGAGCUGUUGAAGCAUAGACAGGUAAUGUAAUGGUCAGUUAUGAUGCAAUUAAUGGUGUGGCUAUGAGUGUACAUCCAUUUGUUAAUUCAAUAUUGAAAGCAUCAAUAGAGGAUGGAGGUUUAGGAUUUGAAGGAUUUGUUAUUAGUGAUUAUAAUUCAGUUAUCAAGACAGCUUUAAUUGAUUUACCAAGAUAGUCUUAAAAAAUGCCAUUGGAUAAGGCAUAUGCUGAUUCAUUUAAUGUAGGAGUUGAUAUGUAAAUGAUUUCUGAUAAGGUUGAAGAUUAUUAAGAAAUGAUUACUUUAUUAGUGAAUGAAACUGAUCCAUAAAAACCAAAUAUAAAUAUGACAAGGUUAGAUGAUGCAGUUAAGAGAAUAUUAACAAUCAAAGAUAAAAUGGGAUUAAUUUAAUAUAGUGAGACUAUUAUGAAGAAGUAUGAUUUAUAAGAAAAGAAGAAAAUUGAAAUAGUCAAGGAUAAAGAAUAAGAAUAUCAAGAUGCUUUAUAAGCAGCUCUUUAAUCAUUAGUUUUAUUGAAAAAUCAAGUAAAUACACUUCCUAUUAACAAAAAUUCAAUUGAACAUGUUAUUUUAUUAGGUGAUAGAUAUAUCCCAGUUGGAAAUGGAUAAUUUAAAUUAUUUUAAGAUUAUGAUAAUAUUGGUGCUUAAAAUGGUGGGUGGACAAUUAGAUGGUAAGGUUAUAAUGGUAAUGAUUAUUGGACUGGAGAUUUGAAGAUUUAAUCAAAAGCUUCAUCAAUCUUAGAUGCUAUUAAAGAAAGAUUCUAAGAAGCCUAAAUUUAUUAUCCAAAAUAUUCCAAUCCUACUAAUUUAGAUGCUAUACUUUAAGAUAGAAAUACCUUUAGAAACUAAUUAAUUGCAAAUUAAGAUUAAUUCUCAUAAGCAAAUACUAUAGUCAUUCAUGUAUUAGCAGAAAAUCCAUAUGCUGAAUAUAUGGGUGAUGUUAAUUGUUAAUAUUGUUAAACUAAAGAUAAAAUAGGUUGUUUAUACAAUAAUCAUGAUAAUGUUUAUCUAACAGAAUCAUAAGCUACAAGAUUAGAAAUCAAAACAGGAGCAUAUGAAAAAUAAGUAUUAAUAUAUAUAAAAUACUUAGUUAAUUAACAAUGUCCUUAAAGGUUUAAGUAAAGUUGUUACUGUCUUAAUCAGUGGCAGACCAAUGUUAAUAGAUGAUCCAUUAUCUAUUAGUAAUGCUUUUAUAGCAGCAUGGCUACCAGGAACAAGUGGUGGUGAGGCCAUAGUAAAGUCUAUUUUUGGUGAAUAUGGAUUUGGAGGACCAGAUAAACUAUUUAAUAAAUUACCAUCUCCUUGGAUUUCUACUUUAGAUUCAAUUAAAGAUUAUCCAAAAUAUGAUUCUGAUACUGUACCUAAAAUUGAAGAUCCAAAAUUUGAAACUGAAUUUGGACUAGAAACAGAUAUAAUCAAUUAUCCAAUUCUAGAAUGAAAAACAUAAUAUAUAUA